UCUUUACACUUUGCUUCUCGGAGGAAGAAAGCAGCAGUCUCUCUUAUGGCAUUGUGGCGCAUGGAAACGUAUCCACCUAGUUUGCAGUCAAGGGCGUGGUAGAUACUGUUUACAUUUCCACGGGCACAUUUAGAGGGCACUCCUUGGAUCUUCCUUACUAUACAGCCCAAUUAUUUACUGCCGUGUUUUUGUUGGGUUGACCGUUUUGUGGAAAUCUACCGGAUCAGGAUGACUCAAGCCAUUCGUGUCCUACUAAAGCUUCAUCAAAAACAAGAGGGCAUGAAAAUGAGAAAGAUAAAGAAGAACGGCUCGACGAAGAAAGAAGGAAACAUUGACGGAGAUCUAAAAUGGGCGGAGGAAAAUAUCCCAUCAACUCUUGGAGACACUGUGUUCGAGAAACUUAUGGACUCGGAUGAAGAGGUCGAACACAGAAAAUACGAAAUGUCCAAAAUGCAGUGAAACAUAUUACCAUACCAACUGGUUACCACAGCAACUGGUUACCACAGCAACUGGUUACCAUAACAACUGGUUACCAUACCAACUGGUUACCAUACCAACUGGUUACCACAGCAACUGGUUACCACAGCAAUUGGUUACCAUAACAACUUGUUACCAUACCAACUGGAUACCAUACCAACUGGUUACCGCAGAAACUGCUUUAGGAUUGCUUUAGGACUCAUUUUUCCGAUUAAAUUUUAUUGUAUGGAAGCAGUUUAAUUUAUUUUCGUAGAUUUCACUCACAAUUUUAAGUCUGUAAAACUAAAACCCAUGAAACACUGGAGUAUUUGGAGAAUU